UUUUGAUGAAAUUAGGUGUGCGCGCGCAUCUUUAAAUUUACUCUCAUAUUUUUUCCCUAACGUGCCAAAAAAAGUAUAACUUUAAAAAAAAAUUCUGAUUUUAGUCACUAAAUGUAAUGUACAACCUAAACUGUGUAAAAAAUAUAAUACUCCAUCAAUCUCUCAAUUGCCAAAACAAUAGAUUUUACUUCUAUUAGAGUUUAAUUGUGCCAAAUAGUGGUUGAAUUUAAUAAAUGUUGAAAAAUUGCUUGUAUUUUAUUAAUUACACCUGUUCACAUUAUAGGCAUAAAAUAAAGUAAAAAUUUGGGAUUCUUUCAUGAAUUUCACUAUUAUGUAAUAGUAGAUAUAAAAUGUAAACUUGGCGCCUCGUCUUUGAAUAUUGUAGGUUUUUAUAAAUAAAAACUAAAUGAGUUAUAUAACAUUAUUUUAGCUGUUUAUUCCUAAGAAAUUGUUAUUACCUGUAGUGCGAUGAAAAUUUUCAUAAGACCGGUGUUUUUAAAAGAAGGUUAGGAAAUACUUCUAAAGGUAACCAGAGAUAAUUAUAAAUGUUAAAAUGUAAUUAGAACUAUCUGUAUGGCACUGACCUAUAAGUGGUCACCUAAUUAAGUCAUUUACUCCAUAAUAUAAACCAAAGCAGAAAUGUGUGAAGCUUACUCGUAGACAUGAAUUUAAAAAUUGUACACAUUUUUUGGUAUCUUAUAGCAAGCAGUUUUGGUUUUUUCUAUAAACCUUCCAUGGAUACCGGUAUAAGUGUUGUUCGGAAAGCACCCAGAUGGAAUAUGCCCUGGCUGGGUGUUGGUCUAUGGUGCAAUGGGUGUCCACCCCGAGGUUGUGAGGACGACGAAGCAAUAAUACAUGGGUACUGUUGUGGAUGUAAGCAUGUGUUCGAUAAUUUACCAAUACUAUGCCCAGAGUUUCUCCAAUGCCCUCUCAACUUGCACGGCCUCUGUCACGAUUAUGAAUAUAUGAUGAGAUGUUGCUGUUGAUUCUCCACUCAAAUUGAUUAGUAAAAUUUUAAAAACUGAACAAAUAUCUUUGAUGCAUAAUCAUUUACGGAUAUAUAUACACUACUUUCUUAGACACUUAGCCCAAAAUUUCUUGUGCUUUUGUCUUUACCACGAUGUGUAAUAAUUCCCGUUUAUAUUCUACUUAUUGAAAUGUCAACAAUAUUUGCGUAAAUUUUGGGAUCGUAAAUAAAACAUCCUUAAUAGCAUACUGUUUUAAUUUCUAAGAAACCCUCAAUACAGAAUUACAGUGGGUUAGCGGAUCUAAUUAAACUUAACUCUUCACAUAACAGUACAAAAAUAAUUAAGUUUCAUACGAUCAAUUAAUAAAAUUCGCAUGCAAUUUUUCAAAUGCCACAUGUAUUAUUGCGUUUAAAAAAUUUUUCAUAAUACUUAAGACAGAACUUUUAAAUUAACGUGAAAGUUGAAAAAUCGCACGACAUCAUUGUGGUGAUAUUAAUGAAUGUCUUUUAAUACUAUGUUCCCGCUGAAUCGAAAGUGAUGACUAAACAUUAUAACUAUACAUCCGUCUAACGCUAAGGCGAAUUUGCUAUAUCUACAAUUUUGUGUUAAGUAAUGAAGAUAUGAACCCGUACAACGGGUUAAUACUAGAAACCUGGAACUAUUUUAGUUGUAUCACACACGGAAUUAAAAUCAAGCAAAUCGGGUCCUAACACAAAAUGUGGUACAUUGUGGAACAAUACAAAUAUAAUGGAAUAACACUCAGUGCAAAAUUAGUACCUCGAGUGAAGAAGCCGGUAUAUUAGCCUAGAACAAACAUACCGAGAGAACCUUUAGAUUUUAAUUAUUUCACUAUAA